AAUGUGAUUGGAAAAUGAUAAACAUUAUUGUCUCUGUGAAGUCUCCCGAUCGAUUUCCGUGGAAGAGCAUUGUUGACAAAAACGAAUGGACCGGUGAAAUACUGAACUAACGCAUGAAACACCUGAAUUAUUGAUCUCAAUCAAAUGUAAUGAUUAAGCAAUGUGGGACGUACCGCUUGAUGUGGAGAAGACGGUGGGGAAUUCUAUUAAAACUGGGACACCACGGGACGUUGUAAUAUGAAUAGGGAAUUUAAUUAAGGACGGAAGCAAGUGGACAGAUUUGACAGCAUGAGGGCUAAUUGUUUUCUGCCAUCUCUUGCUGGACCAGCGACAUGUUUGUCGGGAGGCUAGUGGACGAAAAUGUUGCUGGGGUGGUGGUGUAUAUGUGCUUGUCUCCACUGGCUUGCUGGUGGUGGAGCUUCUGAGGUAGGGAUCUUAUUGAUCUGUGAUCAAACUUUCCAGGAAAUUUGCCGUAAAAAACAAUAUGACGCAAAAGGUGACGUAGGCGUGACGUUGGAAUUGGUCAGUGAUAGCAACUCUUAUAUCACCCACGUAGAGAACAUUCACAGUUUGCUACAGAAUGACAAGAGACGUGACGUCAUUAUGGUGUUCGGGGACAGCAGUUUGGUAAGCGCCGCUGGCACAGUGGUUCAAGGAACCCGGAUAUCAGUGAUUGCUUACAACAAAGGCCCUGUGCCAACGAUUUAUCAAGAUGACAUCAUUUCCGUCAACUCUAACAUGCUCCAUCUUGGACAAGCCAUGAUGCAUCUCAUUAACAGUCUAAGGGUGGUCAAACAUACCCAUGUUUUCACAGACAUUAAUUUGCUUUAUGAUGGUUUCCUUCAAGGGUUCUGGGAUGGAAACCUGAAUUUUUCUCACUCCACAGUAUUGCACGAAGACAUGGAAAAUGAAAUCUCUCUGUUUUUCUAUUUGAGGGAUUUACGGGAAAGUGGUAUAAAACAAUUUGUCGUGCACGCACGUCCAGAUCUGGUCUAUCUCUUGAUGCGUGCAAACAGGCGUUUGGACAACACCGGAAGAGGAUAUCAGUGGUUUUUAUCAUAUACUUCCGUGUCGAAUUUCACCGAUAACGACAUUAUACCAGAGGGUACACUUGUUGUAGAAUCUGCCCAGAAUGAUCAAGCAGUUGUGGAAUACGCCCUGGGGCGGAUCUUUGAGGAAUUAGAGAAUAUCGUGCACAAUUGUUUCACCGGUGACAUAUUCGACUGCAUCAGAGAUGUUCGUGUAAACAAGUCCAGUAAGAAAAACCUCUUGUUAUCAAGUGGAAUUGGUCACUUUGAGAUAAGCAAUCGCUUUUGGAGAGUGAUAAAUGAGACAUACAAGGAACUCGAGUGGAUGUCGGCCGGCAACAUCUUCUAUAACAGCACCAAGCACAGCAUUCAGUGGUACGGAAGCACAAUACUGGGACCAAUAUUUCACAGUAAGAACUUCUAUCGCGUCGUCACUACUCCAUCGCCGCCGUUUGUCAUGAUUAAAGGUCCCAUUGAUCAGGGGGAUUCUUGUUAUGGAAACAAACUUUGUUUCAAGAUUCUUAAAGGGAACCCCAUGUACCUCGGACCAAACACUCGUCUGGAGGACUUUAAAAAGAACGUGGAAGUGGAGAGGUACUGCUGCAGUGGCUUUGUCAUGGACAUACUGGAGUAUUUAUCCACAGAUCUGGUCUUUGAUUACCUGGUAUAUUUCAGAGAUGAGGUCGGCCAUAAUGCCACAGAUCGACGUGAGUCCAUGAUUUAUGAUGUGGGGAAUGGAACCGCGGAUAUCAUAGCCGGUGCUCUAACUAUAACGUCCAAUGACAGCAAAAUUCUACGAUUCACGGAGCCAUACUAUUUCUCGGGAUUUGUGAUGGCAGUACCACUUGAAACGACGAAACCGUCUAUGGACGCAUUUACAGCCCCGUUUGAUGGUUAUGUGUGGUUGGCAAUCUUUUUAAGUGCAACAACAGCAGCUUUAGCUACCUCUCUGUUUGAAUGGAACAGUCCAUUCGGACUGAAUCCGUGGGGACGAAAACGUUUGAAGAAUUACACCCUUGGUUCGGCUUUGGUCAUGGUCUACUCUGUUUUGUUUGGCCACACUGUUAGCACAAAGUCACCUAAAUCUUGGCCGGCGAAGGUUCUCCAGAACUUUUGGGCAGGACUCGCCAUUUUUAUUGUGGCUAGCUAUACUGCAAACCUAGCUGCAUAUUUGGCAGGAAUCAGCAGGGUGGAUGAAAUAAUCAGCAUCUUUGAUCAAAGCAUGAGUUCCAAGCGUGUAUAUGUGACAAGGUCAAGUCCCGCUGCUAACUACCUCCAGGUCAUCAAAGAAAAACUAAAGAGGAAUAUUGUUAUAAAUGAGAUUUCACCAGAAGAGACGCCUCAUAGCAUUGUCAAGCACCUAAGAGACAAAACGUAUGACGUUUUCAUCAAUGAUCGUCUGCUUUUGGAGUAUACACUUGCACAACACGACAACUGUUCAAUCAAAUUUAGUGGCCAUGACUUUGGAGAAAAUCUCUACGCAUUUGGAUUAAAUAGAGAUGCAAUUCAUCUGACGGAGAACAUGUCUUCGUUAAUUCUGAGUUACCUAGAGGGGGGCCAGGUCACAGAAGCUAUGCAAAGAUAUAUCAAAAACCGGAAUUGUGCUGCUCAAGGUGAACGAUUCACCCGGAAGUAUGGUCUUGAUCACACGGGAGGCUUGUUCAUCAUUCUCCUGUCGGCCAUGUUUGUGGGGGCGCUCCUACUUAUUGUGGAACUAUAUGUAUUUAAGUAUCUUGUACCAUAUCUGCGUAAAAAGCCCAAUGACAGCUUGUGGAAAAACAGAAAUAUUGAAUAUGUUAAUCAGAGACUGUACCGCACAUUAAUGAGUGAGCAGUUAGUAUCUCCACAACAAACAGCACAGGAGAUGAUCAGAAUCGUCAGAGAGAGACGAUUCGACAGGCUCUUCCUCAAAAAUGAACUCCGAGAUCAGGGGAAAAUACAAAAGAAGGGAAUUCCAAAGGGUCUUAGACUUAUAGAUAUCACAGACAACUUGAUAAGAUCGAAAAAAGCUGAAUCAGAAAUAUUCGCUACAUCUUCCUCCAGUAAUUUGUAUUCCAUCAAUGAACAGGAAUACGAUGACGACUCACUCAGUGACGUCAGUGAUUACGUAACGGGGGACGAACAGGAUAUGCAGAUUUCAUUCGAGGAUAUGAAGGACACGGUAAUAGACAGAUCAGAAGUGCCAAUUAACAAUCAAAGACAAGCUCGGCAGUCUUGUUCAGAGGCAACUCGAAUGCAGUCACUGAAGGUCACCCCAAGUCAGUAUGUACGUUGUAAGCAGUCUCGAGUUCGUUACUGUUCUGAUUCCAAUUUGGGAGGAUCACAUUCGAGUUCAUCAUACAGACGAAAUAAAUCAUGUCCUAAUUUUCAAAAACAUCCAACUAAAGACGAAAAGAAACAGAAGAUGUAUGAAAUGGAUGAGAUUGAAAUGUUAGAAAUAGCAGCGCGACCUGAUAAAACAAAACUUAUUCGCAAAUCGAAGAAGGCCAAUAUCGGCCGGGCAUUCACAUUCUACGGGAAAUCUCUGAAAGACAAUCGACUGAAAUCGUCCAUCCGGAGUCAUGCCAUGGCAACACGCCGACAUUCAGAGUCCGCAUUUGACGACUGCGCAGUAGAUGCCCUCUCAAAAGAAGACCUGAUGGUUUUGUGGAAAAAAUCAGAGAUUGAGUUACAAACCAGCCUAAACAGAGUUACACAGGAAAAUACCCAUUUAAAGCGGCUUCUCCGGGUCGUAGAAGUGUCGGAGAACGUACCUGGGGAAGAGGUAUCGAAGGGAGAAGCUGUCCACAUCACUGCAACUCCACUGUGAAAUCUCAAAUCAUAGUCUGUAGUUACUUCAUAAUGAACAACUGUUAUUAUACCUACUUGAAACUCCACCAGUAUCAUGUUGUCGUAUUAGCAAUGACACGGAUCCCAAUCAUGAUGAUACUAUGGGAAGUUAAGAUGUUUUCGAAGCAUUUUAUUCGUGCAUUUCGAAACGUUUCAUUCAAACCUGUGAUUCGUUAGUUUUGUUAUUAAAUAUGCACAUCGUUUGUACAUGUGAUUCAGUAGUUCAGUUAUUAUAUAUGCAUAUCGUUUGUUCAUAUAUUUCAUCUCUCUCUUACCCAAAGAUACAGGAUUGAUCUACAUGAUAUAUGCAAAAUAGUUCUUUAUCAGAUAAAAUGAUCACCUAGGUAUAUAAAUUUGGAUCAACUGUAGUGUUGUUAUUGUUAAAUUAAUUGCAAUAAAC